AUGGACUCAUGGGCCCAACUUCGUCUUAUGAAGCAGCUGCUCUGUGUUAGACAUCCUCGACAACCUCUUACACCCUCCUUACUUCAGGGGAUCGAUCAGGUUCUGCUGGAAGAGCGUGCCAGUCGCCUUCUUGUUGACGCUGCUUCCAUUCCGGCCCUUCCAACUCCAUCAUCAGAGCCUCUUCCUGCCACGCUCCGUCUGUGGCAAGGAGACAUUACCACCUUAGAUGGAGUCACUGCCAUCACUAAUCCGGCCAAUGAGCAAAUGCUGGGAUGUUUUCAGCCGGCCCAUCGAUGCUUGGACAAUGUCAUCCACGCCCGGGCAGGUCCCCGCUUGCGCGAAGAAUGUUUUCACCAGAUGUCCCAAGGCCAGCGCAUCUUGCCUGUCGGUCAGGCAUGUGCCACCAAAGGCUACUGCCUGCCCACUCCCUACGUGAUUCACACCGUGGGCCCCCAACUGAAUGGGGAACAGCCUGUGCCUACUGCGCACCAACGACAACAGCUGCAGCAAUGCUACAUGGCCGUCCUGGAUGUCGCAGAAUCCCUGCCUGCAUCGGACCCUCAGGGCAAGACCAUUGCUCUUUGUGGCAUCUCGACCGGACUGUUCGCUUUCCCCGUGGAGGAGGCUGCAGCCAUUGCCGCGAGAGUGGUACUUGACUGGCUGCGGCGCCGUCUGCACACCUCCAUUACCAACAUCAUCUUCAACACCUUCACCGACACGGACACGACUGUCUAUCAACAGACGCUCAAGGGAAUGCACUAUCCAGCUCCCUCGCUUGUGCCACCUCCCCAGGUCCAUGGAUCUUCGCUCAACCAAGCCAAAGCUUGGCUGGCUGCUGCCGAUACCAUUGUUAUCAGCUGCGGAGCCGGCAUCUCAGCGGCCACCGGACUCGACUAUACCUCGACUACUCUGUUCGAUCGCCACUUCCCGGCAUUCAAACAAUACCAGCUGCGACGGCUCUAUGACACCUUUGGCCGCACCAACCGCGAUUGGCCGUCCGAGAGCGUCCGUUGGGGAUUUUACUUCUCCCAUCUAGCCAUGGUGCGUCGCUGGCCCCGCUCGUCCCUCUAUACCUCCCUGUUAGAAUGGCUGGCAUCGCGUUUCUCACCUGAUCGGGUUCAUGUACGCACCUCCAAUGCAGAUGGACUGUUUGUAGCCCAUGGAUUGCCUGAAGCGCAACUCUCCACCCCCCAGGGCCAGUAUGCCUUCUUGCAAUGUCUAGAAAAUUGCCGUCCGGAUGCCGUUUUCCCAUCUGCCCCCUAUCUUGACGCUGUCCUGCCGCAUCUGGAUCCACACACCCAGGCCGUAACUGCGCAGGACAAGAUUCCGACAUGCCCCUUCUGUGGUGGCGCUAUGUCGAUAUGUGUUCGGGCAGGAAACUGGUUCAACGAGCGACCCUUCGCUCCCGGCGAAACGCGAUGGUACCAGUUCCGUGAGGCCUUCCUCACGGAUUGGACACGAAACGUAGUCAUUCUUGAGCUGGGAGUCGGCCUCUCCACACCAGGGGUGCUGCGGUGGGAUAAUGAGGAGCUAGUCGAGCAGGGCGAUGGACGUGUACGACUGGUGCGCGCGGGCUUGGGCGACGCUGUGCAGGUUCCUGGGGAGUUGGCUGCCGCGCAGCUGGCCAUCAGCAUAGAAGGGGACUUGCGGGAUGUGGUUCGGGCCAUCGUGGCUCCGUAG